CUAUAAAUUUUUAAACUUUUUUAAAUUCUUGGUCUCCUCUAUUCAAUGAAUGUCGGUCAAUGUUCAAUUAUUCCAUCUGCAACAGUUCCAAUAAACCAUUGAAUAUAGAAAGGUUAACAUUCCUCUUUCUUAUCUAUUUGUAGAUUCGUAGAAAGAGCCAGAGAGAUUUGUAAAGAGAAUGUUUACCUAAAUAUCUAGAAGGGAAAAACAAAUCAUAAUCGAAAGAUUCUUAACGUCUAAUGUCCGCCGCCAUAUCCGUCUUCCCCUCCACCGCAGGCCGGGCAUCCGCCGCAGCGUCUAGAUUCUCCACCGUACGGAAGCCCAAGCCAGCAUCGCCACAGUCUGCUUUUCGGAUGCCUAAACAGAGCCUAUUUUCAAACCGCAUUCUCAGGGGUUUUGCGCUCAUCCGUCUCCUUCUCUCUCUCCGACUCUCUGUGAUGACGACGAGAUCUGAUUCCAAUGAAUGUCUUGGGAAGGAGGCACAAAUGUCAUUGGGCUCGAGGCUGCACAGCAGGGGACUGGAAGGAGAAAGAAGACGCAUUGAGAGAAACUGCAAAAACAGUCCCAAGAAGCUUAGGCAAAGUGGAAUACCUUCACGAUGGAAUAUCUUCGUGAUAUCUGGACAAAAGACCGAAGAGUUGAGUAGUCAAUAUAGAUGGUGUACUCCAAGCCUGCACAAGUUGCAGCUACCGGCAUUGAACUUCACCAUCAAAGCAUUGCAAAAAUGCAGGGUGGGUAUGCUCCCUAUCACUCAGCUCGGAUUGAGUCAUGCCAACCAGCUUUAUUCGACAACUCAAAAGAGGCGUAGAUAUCUUGGAGAUGCUUAAUAACUGUAUGAACCAAAUACGUGGGCUGUCCCAAGAAACUCCUCACCAACAGAGAGUGUUCAUGCACUGCAACGUCAACUUCAACACGACCUUGUAUGGUUGUAACCUCAACUCAUUCAUCGGUCGCGCUGCUCACAUCGAGUUUUUGGAGUCUGGUAUCUUUGCUAGAUUCAUAUUUUGGAGUCUGGUAUCUUGGUUACCGAUAAAACUUUUUUUUUCUUUGAGAUAGAGGAAGAUACAAAAAACUUUUGUAUAUUGUAGGAUAAAUCUUUAGUUUUGUGUUCACAUAGUCGGGUGUACUUUGCAGCAGAAGCUGUUAUUUUGUAUGUUACCACAACUCUGGUCUAUGUACGGGUUUUAGCUUCUAAAAUCUCUCGAGAUCUUUUAUUUUAACGAUGAUCUGGCGCUUUAGAUUGAUGCAUUCUUUGGAUUGAUUUG